GACCAAUCACAGCCCCACACUUCACCCUCUAUAUAAAAACCAUCGCCACCUUCUAUUCUCGUUUCUGUUGUUAACUCUUUGCGCUUGCGUUGAUUCUCCAUAUUAGAGAACACCGAUUUCUCUCAUUUUCUGCUAUAAUGUCGUAUUCUCGGAGAUCAAGGUAUUCUCCCUCUCCUUCCCUCUCUCCAUACAGGCGAUACAGUAGGUCUGUGUCCAGGUCUCUUUCAAGGUCGAGAUCCAGAAGCCGAUCAAGGAGCGCAUCACGAGAUGCAGAAAAUCCGGGAAACAAUUUGUAUGUGACAGGAUUGUCUCCUAGGAUCACCAAGAGAGAACUGGAGAAGCAUUUUGCUGCUGAAGGAAAAGUGAUAGAUGUCCAUCUGGUUGUUGAUCCAUGGACAAGGGCAUCCCGUGGUUUUGGAUUUGUGACAAUGGAGACUUUAGAAGAAGCUGAUCGAUGUGUUAAGUAUCUGGAUCGCUCUGUACUUGAAGGCCGUGUUAUCAUGGUGGAGAAGGCUAGAAGACGACGCGGUCGAACCCCAACACCUGGGAAAUAUCUAGGUCUCAGGACUAUUCGCUCAUCUCGUCGCUCUCCAAGCUACUCUCCUCGUCGCUCUCCUAGCUAUUCUUCUUAUAGAAGAAGCUACAGUCGUUCACCUUACUGUUCAGAUCGUAGUAGGAGUCGGUCUUUCUCGCCUGACUACAGACGAAGGAGGUCCUACUCUCCUGACUACAGGCGAAGGAGGGCAUACUCACCAUACUACAGCCGACGCAGGUCUCACUAUCAUUAUGACCGGCACAGAUCAUAUUCUCGUUCUCGCUCUCCGUACAGCAGGUCUCCUGUCAGUGUGCGUGACAGAUCAUACUCUCCCUAUGAUUCUAGAUAUCACUCACCUGAUGAUAGCUACUACAGAAGGUACCGUAACAGGUCGGUUUCUCGAAGUGUGUCACCCAGGCCAAGGAGGUCAAGGAGGAGCUACUCACGGAGCGUCUCUCCCAUUCGAAGGAGCUACUCACGGAGCGUCUCUCCCAUUCGAAGGAGUUACUCACGAAGUGUCUCCCCCAGGCCAAGGAGAAGAUCAGGAAGGAGUCAUUCAAGAAGCUCUAGGAGUGGUUAUUCGAAACCGAAGCAUUCUCGAUCAAGAACCACAAGUGUGAGUGCGAGUUCAAGAUCGUUUUCAAGGUCCAACACUCCAGGAUCUACCUCUCCUUCAAAUUGAACAACAUUCUGUCCUAGAUUGAUUGGCUUUUAACACCUUAGUCAUAUUGGCUUUGAAGCAUGUACAAUGUAGGUGGAGUUCUUUAGUUGUGUUGAGACUCUAAAAUGCUAUGUUAUAUAACAUGGGUACUGGAAAUACUUUUCCAUGUGUCUUUCAUUUAUGGUUUUCCCUUA